AUGAAUGAUAUCGCUGCCAUCCUGGGAGUAAACACCACUAUCGAAGCCGUGGACACCGAGAAUGCGGCUUUGGCAGUGCACUAUCACAUCUUGACCCGCCUCGUGGGGACGUGUUUGGUUAUAUAUAUAGCUUGGCAAUAUUUAUUGAGAAUUGGAGCGCUAUGGAACUCUCAAUUGGAGCCUCCGAUGCUGCCAUAUUGGAUCCCUGGCAUUAGCCACAAUAUUUCAUUCUUUAGAGAUGUCGAGAAACUAUUGGUUGCUGCAAGAUCAUAUUUUAGGAUCCCUGCACAGCCCUUCAGUGUCUUAAUCGGUGGUCGUCGGAUGUACGUGAUUCUUGACCGUCGCGAUAUUUCCGAGACCCAUCAGAAAACGAAAGAGCUGCACUUUGAUGCCUACAUCGACCAGUUCAUGCAAUAUGUCUCAGUCUCCAAGGAAGCCAGAGAUGUCCUAUGGGGGGCUACCGUUACCGAGACCUCAUUGUCAGUUCCUAAUUCUCUUCGAUCGUGGAUACGUACAGAUAUGACCCGAGCUUCAUCUCAAAGAUUCUUCGACGAGUGCUUAUCAGAGCUCAACAGCGUCAUGCAACAAGGUAGCCCCCUCACAACAGGGAAUAGUAACGAACACGACAUGUUCACGUGGGCUAGCGACAUCAUGGUCAGAGCUUAUACCAAGAACUUCUUCGGUGCUGCUCUUAUUGAGAAUUCGCCCGGACUUGUCGACGACUUUCGCGGAUUUAAUCGUCAGACAUGGAAGCUACUCUACAAGUACCCAAGGUUUCUAUCGAGGUCAGCUUGCGACUCGAGAGACGCGGCUAUCGACGCUCUAGAGCGAUAUUUCGAAAUGCCGCAGGGCCAAAGACUAGAUGCAGCUCCGGAUAUUGCUGCCGUUCUGUUCCAACUAUACUGGGCCAUGAACGGAAACCCAUCGGUCUUUGCGUUCUGGCUUCUUGCCAGAACUCUAUACACACCUCAUCUCAAAGAGGACAUUAAGAGGGAGGUCGCGCCAGCUUUCAAGAAUGGUAUGCACCAGGAGCCUGAUGUUGAAUAUCUAAAAGGUUGUGCCAAGCUCAACGCGACAUACCACGAAACAAUGCGACUCCACAGCAGCUCAUCCAGCUUUCGACGCGUCGUCCAAGACACGACAGUCGCCGGUUUCCAGAUCAAAACUGGUAACGAUGUAAUGAUGCCGUAUCGGCAACUCCAUCUCAACAAGGAAUACUGUGGCGAAAGUGCGGAGCAAUUCGACAUCGACAGAUUCGUCCAGGACCCGAAGUUACGUUCCGCCAGAGAGUACAAUCCAUUUGGUGGCGGUACGACAUUAUGUCCAGGAAGGCUUUUGGCGCGACAGAUGGAUUUGGUUUAUCUUGCGAUCCUUGUCACGCGUUAUGAUAUUGGGAUUGUUGGGGGAUGUGAGAGCCAGCCUUUUCCGGAGGGGAAUGAUAAGCUACCGUCGCUGGGUAUCAUCUCUCCGAAACCGGGGCAUGAUGUUAAGAUCUCGGUGAAAGAUGUUAGGGUAGACUAA